AUGGACGAUCAGCUACUUGAAAUCACACCCGCUACCGCAGUGCGGGAAAAGAAAGAAACUUCGUGUUGCAUGACUCACUUAUUGUGUCCUUUUGACACAAGGGUGCAGAAAAAAGAACAAAAGAAGACGGAACUUUAUAAAGACCUUAGUUUAGAAGUUCAGCGGAGGAUCUGGGGCGAGACUCCCUCCAGCAGCUCACCUCCCUCCAGCAGCUCACCUCCUUCCAGUAGCUCACCUCCCUUCGGCAGCUCACCUCCUUCCAGCCGCUCACCUCCCUCCAGCAGCUCACCUCCCUCCAGCAGCUCACCUCCCUCCAGCAGCUCACCUCCCUCCAGCAGCUCACCUCCCUCCAGCAGCUCACCUCCCUCCAGCAGCUCACCUCCCUCCAGCAGCUCACCUCCCUCCAGCAGCUCACCUCCCUCCAGCAGCUCACCUCCCUCCAGCAGCUCACCUCCCUCCAGCAGCUCACUUCCCUCCAGCAGCUCACUGGAUUGGUACUACACUGGGGGACCUUUGGCUGCUGUCGUUUUUCUACUGGCGUUCAUUUCAUACAUUAAAAAACGCCGUGCGACAGCCCCACCUGAGGUGCCACCUUGGCUGAAUGAAGGGGAAGACGAAGUUGAGAUGGAUCAGCUGAACGCUGUGGUUGCAAUUGACGAUGGUACUACAGCUUCCCCCUUAACUACUAACUUAGAAGACAAAGGGGCAGCUGCAACAAAUCUCGCCCAUGAAGUGGGUAAGCACGGUGCUACAGCACAUCCCUUUGUGGUUGGAAUUGAUGAUGGUGCUACAGCUAUCCCUCUCGGAAUCAAAGCAGGAGAAGAAGGUUGCCUAGCAUACCCUUUUGAGAGUGAUAAGAAAGAUAUGGAUGCCUUAGCGUACCCUUUGGAGAGUGAUACUUUACCAUCCCUUAGCGAGAACGAGGAAGAAGAAAUUGUUGACUCCGAGUGCCCUCUUGCCAUUAAGGAAGAAGACAUCGAUCAUUUACCAUCCUCCCUGGUGAUGGACGAAAACGGUCUAGAUGCCUCAGCAUGUCCCCCUUUGAUUGACAAAGAAAAUUCUGAUUCUUUAGCAUGCCCCCUUGUGGUUGAAGAAGAAGAUUCCAAUAACUCAGCAUGCUUCUCUGUAACUGGGGAAGAAGAUUUGGAGGCCACAGGAUGCCUUUCUGUUACUGAAAAAGAAGGUCCUAACUCUUUAGCACGCUCCGCAAUUGAGGUGAACAAGCCUGAUGCCUCACGAUUCCCUUGUGAAAUCGAGGAAGAGGAUAUUGAUUCUUUAGAAUACAAUCCUCUGAUCGAAAAAGAGGACCUCAGUGAUUCUAUCUUCCCUCCAGAAAUUCAAACCGAUGACGAAGAAGGUGUAAUAAGUGAACAUGAAAAUAACGUUGGUUAUGAGGGUGCUGUAGCAGUUAAAUCUGAAAAGGAGGUAGUAGAAGAAGAACCCAGGAAUUGCCAAUUAGAGUACACGAAGGAUGAACAAGACGAUCUUAGAAACUAUUUGGACGACCAAAGUGAUGCUGUAAACCUUCUUGACGGAGAGGCUGGCGUACAAGAGUAUGAUGGUAAUCAACUUACUGCUGCGGAUACAGAAGAGAAUGGAAAUGACGAAGACGAGGAGUCAUCUGAAGCAACUCUUCUUGUGUAG